AUGUCCAGCCAGCCUCUCCUCCAGACUGCCCCAGGCAAGCGCAUCGCCUUGCCCACGCGCGUCGAGCCCAAGGUCUUCUUCGCCAACGAGCGGACCUUCCUCUCAUGGCUCAAUUUCACUGUCAUCCUCGGCGGCCUAGCCAUCGGCCUUCUCAACUUCGGCGACGGCAUUGGCAAGAUCUCCGCUGGCCUCUUCACCCUCGUUGCCAUGAUGGCUAUGCUCUAUGCGCUCUUCACUUUCCACUGGCGCGCGAGGAGUAUAAGGAUGCGUGGUCAGGGUGGCUUCGACGACAGGCUCGGCCCGACCAUCUUGACGAUUGCCCUCUUCUGCGCCGUUGUAAUCAACUUUGUGCUGAGGUUGACGGUCGGAAGCGAGAAGAAAUAA